AUGAUUUCUAUUAAAUGGGUCCUUGCUGCGAUAUACCUUGUCUUGUGCCACAAGACGGCACCAUUGUCCCACCCAAUCCGAUUCUAUUAUCAAUCAAUAAAGGGGUUGUUCCAUUCAAGAUUCAAGAAUAAGGACGUUACCAAGUACAAUUCAUUCAAUCUUGGGUCACCCGACAAGUUAUUCAAGUACAUCACAUGGCAUUCCCGCGUCAGUCCCAUGGAAAUUGACCUUUUUAUGCACAAGAAUAAUUCCACAUAUUUUGUUGAUUUAGAUAUUGCCAGAACCAAAUUACUUGUUUGUUUAUUGCAACAAUAUUGGUGGAAUGCAUACGAAAAUAAAUCGGGUGAAUUUGGUAAAACUAAAGGUUCAUUUGGUAAUAUUCCAUAUACACCAUUGGGUACAGUACAAUGUCUGUUUAAACGUGAAUUGACAAUUUUUGAAAAAUACGAUAUAAAUUCCCGUAUUUUGGCUUGGGACAAGAAGUGGUUGUUUGUAUUGUCAACAUUUACUACAAUUGAUCCAAAGACUAAAGACAAGAGAAUUAAUGCUAUUGCAUUGACAAAAUAUGUAUUCAAAAAGAAGAGGCUUACAAUUCCUCCAGUUGAAUAUUUAAGAUAUUGUAAUUUACUUGAUGAGAAAAAUGAAGAAAUUAAUGCUAGAAACAUUGAACUUGUUAAACAUAUGAUUGACACUGGAGAUUUGGAUGCACUUGCUGAAGAAUUUUUGAAAUAG